CAAAGAGGGGCGACAUGAAUCGCGGGGUGGGAGGUCCGCUGCUCUGCAUCGGCGAUCUGCUGAGAGACGUCGGCGAGGACGGUGACGCCAUCAAUGGGGACGGACGAGAGACCGAUCUCCUCUCCUCCGCACCCGCCGAGCUCCCUCCUCCUCAUCUUCUCACACCAUCUCGAGAUCUCGUCCGAGUGUUCCAGGAGAACUACGAUCAGUUGAUCAAGUCAUUAGAAGGGACCGACCACUCAUGGACAGCUUUAACUCUAAAGUUAUGUGCUGCUCUGAAGACCGCAGAUAAGGUGGUGAGUUCCGCCGACUCUAAUAUCGGAUCAUUACUAGAGAAGGUUGGAUUGCUCGAGAGCAUCAUAAAGCGCGGCGAAUCUGCCGUCGCCAUGAUAGAAUCUAUACAAAAUGUGCAGACAAGUAAAGCAGGAGGGUCAUCAACCAUUAAUUUGGAUGCCAAGAUGUAAGGGCAGACUGGAUGUAGAAGCUAACGAAAUUUAUUUGCUGCUUGUCAAUCAUGAAAUUGAACUUAGACUUUCUUGUUGCGGUGUAGUGAGGAGUGGUAGGACUGCUGACUCUCCAGACCUUGUGCGUUUGAUCAUCCUUUUAUCUUGGAAGAAUGUUUUUGCUUUCUUGUAGAAAAAGAACAAUGUUUUCAUAUUUCUAUAGGGAACUAAUACUGGUGUUGGUUGAUGAAUUA